ACAGCAGUGAUGAUGCAGAUGAACAACUGGGACCACGAUUAUGAAAAUGUCUAUGAAAAUUAUAACUAUUCCUGUCAGAAAAAUUCUGAAGAACAGCACAAGACUCCAGAACAACAUGCAAGUCCAGACAACAAAUGCGAUCUGUUCAAGUUGGUCCAUCUGCGCCUCCUAUGUGUUUUGCUCCUGGCUGCCAUCACCAUCCUGACUGCAUAUUAUUUUAUAGUACUUAAUGACAAGGAGCAAAAGCUUGAAGCGCUGAAGAGUGAGAAUUACAACUUGAGCAGUAACUUCAGUGACCUUUUGGAAAGUCAUUCCACCUUGCAAUCAAAAUUUCAAAAUCUAAAAAAAAAUCAUUCCACCUUGCAGUCAAAAUUUCAAAUUCUAGAUGAAAAUCAUUCCACUUUGCAGUCAACUUUUAAAAUUCUAAAUGAAAGUCAUGCCACCCUGCAAUCAAAAUACAAAAUUCUACAUAAAGAACAUACUGAAAUGUCAGUAAAUUUAACAGAACUGAAUAAAGAAUGCCUUGUGAGGAAGUCAUCUCUGGAAAGCAGCUGCCAUGUAUGCAAAAAAGGCUGGGUACAGCUAAAUUCAAAAUGCUACUACUUCUCCACUGAUAAACAGACAUGGCAGUCGAGCCGCGAUCAUUGCAGAACAUUGGGUGGGCAUCUGGUGAUUAUAGAAGAUGCAAUGGAACAGGAAUUUUUAAAAAAUAAAAUUAACAUCAUAGGAGAAAAAAACUAUUGGAUUGGCCUGACUGAUCUGGCAAACCAAGGAAAAUAUGCCUGGUUGGAUAACAGACCUUUAGACCCAAAAAAAAGCUUCUGGCACAGUAGCCAACCUAAUAGUAAAAAUGAACACUGUGUGCAGAUUGAAUCAGAGGAAAAGUGGCACGACUUCCCCUGUGAAAUUCCAACAAAACUGAUCUGUGAGAUCGAUGCAACGAUGGUUAACAUUUAAAGCAGAAGGUGGAAAGGCAGACACGUCAUCAAGCAUUAUGAGAAUCACUUCUGUAGAAACUCACUGCUGCUGAACCUGUCUUCAGGUGGUAGGAAUUGUCACCUUGUCAUAGAAUCAGAAGAAAAACCACAUUGUUCUCAAAAAUGACUUGCAUUGGGUGUACUUUAAUGUUCUAUGAAUGCUAAUUUUCACCUGAGAAGAAUAUAGCAAUACCCUAAUUUUUUGAAAAAUCUUUUUGUGUUUAAAAUUUUUCCUUGUACUAUUAUACAAAUCUGUGGUAGCUCAUGUUA